AUGGUAGACCGUGUGGAUUGCUCGGGCGUCUUCAUCGAUGACCGAGUGCGGUCGGAAAGAUGGGUGCGCAGAAAUUCCAUAGACACUGCAACCAUUUCGUCCGCAGGCUCCUUCGUCACACCUGAAGAGCCGGACGCCCUGCAGGCAGACGUGGAGUUGCUUCUGGGAGUGUGCAGACAAGUUUACCUCUGCCACAAUGGAUCAUCCUUUGCCACGAAGCUGGCCGAACUCAGCGACCGUGCCGGUAGCGACUGUAACCCAAUCUUCGCCUUCUUCGAUGUGGAUUUCAGCGGCGAGGAGUCGAGCCUGGCGCGUCGGAAAGCCAGUCGAGCGUCGUGGACAGACAACGCCCCUCCAUCACCAGGCUCCAUUCACCGGACCUUCACGUUCUCAACCCAAUCCGACGAGGCACGUGGCCUGUCUCUGAUGUCCGGCAUUUCAAAUGACAUACAGGCUCAAGAGGGUCCCAAUCUGGUCAUCCCAAUCGCCAUUUUACGCCUUCCUUCCCCAGAUGCACCCGUUGAUACUGCCGCCCCCACCAGCACACCGAAACCCCAAGGACCUCUUACGGCGGAGCACAAGCAGAUUGCGCGGUGUUUAGAUGCCGGGGCCGUGGAUGUCUUGACCACCCCACUCGAUCGAUCGCGCAUCCAAGGGCUCGUGGUUCAUGCCUAUCGCACUCGCAAGACAGCACAGAGAGAGAUGUCUCGAUUCCUUGCUCGGAGGAAACAGCGGAAGCUCUCGUGGGUGGGUGUACAUGAUGAGCAGCCGUAUUCCUAUCUGAGAGAAGCCAUGGUGUCAAAACUAAUGAAAGGAAUCUGCAAUCCCGAGGAGGUCAUCCAUGAAUUCCAAGAAGUUGAGAUCAGCGUCGAUCCCGCACGCGAGCCAUACAUCAAAGAACAGGUGGGGAGUUGGAGAUUUUCGGCCCACGAGUUCACCGAAGACGAACUGGUGUAUGGUGCGUGCGAGAUGAUCCAACACGCUCUCACCAUGCCUGGACUAGACCAUUGGCGAUUAACACCCGAUGAACUGCAAACUUUCCUCCUGGCUUGUCGCUCCGCCUACAAUUCCUUUGUCCUCUAUCACAACUUUCGCCAUGCUAUCGAUGUGCUGCAGUCUGUAUUUUACUUUUUGUUGCAGAUCGGUGCUUUGCCUCCAUACCCACCGACCAGCAUGGAGCACGUCUCCGAAUCGCCAAUCGCAUCCCUCCUCUCGCCAUUCGACGCCCUCACUCUCCUCAUAUCAGCCAUCGGUCAUGACGUUGGACACCCGGGUGUCAAUAACUUCUUCCUUGUCAAGCUCAAUGCACCACUGGCGCAACUCUACAACGACAACUCCGUGCUAGAAGCAUUCCACUGUGCCGCCUUCUCCCAGAUCCUCCGCCGACACUGGCCGUCGGCGUUCAAGGAUAAGCAACUCCGCAAACUCCUCAUCAGCUCGAUUCUGGCAACCGACAUGGGUGUCCACCAAAAGUUCAUGCAGCGGAUGGGCUCUUUCCAAGAAAAAUACCAUGAAAACGGCAAGUCUGUAGAAGGGUGGAAGCCACAGGAUGUCGACAUGUACAAGACUCUGGUCUGUGGCUUAUUGAUCAAAUGUGCCGACAUCAGUAAUGUGGCACGGCCUUGGAAGGUCGCCGAGAAGUGGACUUUGAUAUUGCAAGACGAGUUUGCCAACCAGGGCGAGAUGGAACGAGAAGUCGGGAUGGAAACCGCGCUGUUCGGUGGUCCCCCUGAACUUGGAAACAUUUACAAGCUGGCCACUGGUCAAAUUGGAUUCAUGUCAAUAUUCGCUCUUCCCCUCUUUGAGGGUAUCUCCGAUCUUCUGCCGCAAUUGAAGUUCACUGCAGACCACAUCCGCCGCAACCAGGCGCAGUGGCAGGAACUCUCCAAUCAGCAACUGCAAAAGCAAGGCCUCCCUGUCGAGAAACGGGCAGAAAUUACAGUCUCUCCCCGGUCUUUUAGCCCUGCGUCAAGAUCUGGCGGAACCGAGAAACUGCUCUUCGAAUCUGGUGAUGGUGCAGGUGAUCAGCUCACAUCGCCUGGAUCAUCCACGGAUGUCGGCUCGGAUGGUGCUGCGUACAAUGAAAACACCAUUCAACCUGUUGUAUCGCCAGAUACCGAUGGCCCUCAGAUUGAGAUCACUGGAACUCCUCUCGCUCCAGCAGCGGAAGCACCCUCCCGCAAGUCCUCUAAUGCUAUGCCGGACUUUUCGUACUUCUCUAUCCCAGGCGCCCCGCGGUCUGCCCGUGGGUCGGUCGGAACCCAGAUUCACACCCCUCUUCCCGAACAAGCCGGUGCUACCGAUGACCCGGCUGUCCUUGCGGCUGUUUUGUAUGCCAAUUCUGCAGCAAGCGCGGCUACUCCCCUGGCAACAGUGGAUCGUGACCAGGCCCCUGAGGCUGAAAGACCAAGCAGCUCUCGCCAAGCAGUUCCACACGGGUCACAGCGUCACCACGCCCACCACAGCUCCUCUGCUCGCACUGCAUCCAACCGUAACAGUUGUACUCGGACGCAGAGCACAUAUAGUAACAACAUGACACCGAUUUCCCCGGCAACCAAUGCCACAAGCUUCUUGGCCGUGGAUAGCGGCGACGAGAAGCGCAUUUCUGGAGAAAGCGCGGCGCACAGUGACCUUGGAGGACCAGAUGACAACAGCACCCGGCCAAGUACCGCGGACGCAUAUCCCUCGGCUAUCUCUGAGCCUGCAGGCCGUUAUAGUCCAGACCGCCACUAUGGCCACCGUCAUGGCACAUCGCGGUCAGAAGACGGUGCCAGCAAGGACUUUUCUAGAUUGGGACACAACGGAACUACCAGUUCCACUCAGUCAACGACUACUGGCGAGAGCGGCAAGCACGAAAGUCUGCAAGCGGAUGACUCACGCGGCGAACGUCGCCGACUUCCCAAGAAGCGGAGUCGUCUUCGACUUGCUUUUUGGAAGCGUCGCAACCAUUCACACGAGGUCCGUGGCGAGACAUGA